GAGUUCCCCGCCGUCUCUGCCGAUGAUAUCCGCCAGGCAAUGGCUGAGCUGGCCGAUGAGCCCACGACCCUGAUGUUCCAUGCAGAAAUGGCCGGGGAGACGGAGCCCACGCCAGAAGGCCCUGUGGAAGCGUACUCCACCUUCCUCGCAUCUCGCCCCUCGUCCUAUGAGACACGCGCUGUCGAAGAGAUCCUCUCCCUGUCCCACCUGGCCCCCAAGCUUCCUCUGCACAUUGUCCAUCUGUCUGCAAUGGAAGCCAUCCCGCUCCUGCGCAAGGCUCGCGCCGAGGGUGUUCCCAUCACCGCCGAAACAUGCUUCCACUACCUAUCCCUGGCCGCCGAAGAAAUCCGGGACGGUGACACGCGCCACAAAUGCUGUCCGCCUAUCCGCUCGCAGUCUAACCAGGACCGUCUCUGGGAAGAGGUUGAGCGCCACGCCGACGACGGCGUUAUCAAGACCAUCGUGUCGGAUCACUCGCCCUGCACGCCCGACCUGAAACUUCUCCCGUCGAAUGUCCCUGGCAGCUGCGCCACUUCCACUUCCUCCUCCACCUGCACCUCCGCCUCCACCUCCACCCCCACAUCCUCAGACAGUGACAACCUCGCCGUCGCCAACGAAGGCAGCUUCUUUUCCGCCUGGGGCGGCAUCUCCUCCGUCGGCCUAGGCCUCCCCAUCCUCUGGACCGAGCUCAGCCGCCGCAAGGGCCUGGCCACCAGCACCGCCGACGAGACCACCACCCAACAAGCCCUCCAGGACAUCGUGCGGCUCUGCUGCACCAACACCGCUCGCCAGGUGGGGCUCCAGGACCUCAAGGGCGACUUGAGCCCCGGCCACGACGCCGAUAUCUGUGUCUUCGAUGACACGGCAGAGUGGGUCGUCGAGCCCAGCACCAUGCUCUUCCGCAACAAGUGCUCGCCCUACCAGGGCCGCACCCUCCGCGGCAUGGUCCGUGAGACCUGGCUGCGCGGUGAGAAGAUCUUCAACCGCGACGCUGGGUUCGCGAGCAAGACCCCUUCCGGAGGUCUGCUCCUCGAGAAGCGUAUCUGAACUCCCCAUCCAUCCCUAGUUUUGUAGCCCCAAUUGGGGUGCAGGGCACGCUUCGGAGCACCAGGGAGGCAACCUUGUCUACCUAAAAUAGUUGUGCUGGUCAUAACGCUCUUGCUUGUUGCUCCAUGCGCUCCCCCGACGCGACGACUUCAGUCACGAUACCCGCUCAUCACUAUACCUUUCAUAUCAUGACCCCGACAUUUGGAUCAGCGAGUAAAGCAUAGUUCAUCCGCAUUUGUUUGACUUCGAAUAGCAUAUAAGAGAGUAC